AUGUCUGACUUUCUUGAACAGUUGCAGCAGCAGGCAAGCAUGUAUGCCAUCUGCAGCAACACUGUCUCCGUGAUGGUAGGGAUGAGCGACACAGCAGAGGAGCUGUCGCUCCGUUCCUACGAUAGUUUUACAGGUACCUCCUACAUCUGCAAUCUGAGCGAGAAGGCCCUUCAGACAGCGAAGGCCUCUCUGUGUGACAAUGCCGAUUGGAGCAGCUUCUUUCGCGAGGUUCAGCUGGCAUUCAAUUCGGGUAAAGUAAUCGUGCAGCCUGGGAAUGCGCGCCGAGCCGCCGGUACAACCACUGAGUCAGUUUCCGCCGACUUCAAAGACCUAGCAUGCUCGAUGGAAGUGCAGUGCCUGUCGAGCUCAGAGGAGAAGCGUGCAAGCUUUGUGCUUGAGCGUACCGUUGUGGACCAACAAAAGUACAUUCUCGAGCACAUGCUGGAGGCGCAUCACAUGUGUCGCCAUCCGAAGGAGUACGAGCAGAGGCUGUCCCACAUUGUCGAGGUCAAGGAGGUAGCGCGCGCGAAGCGCAAGGCACUUGAUUGUGAACUGAUCGCGCUGAACGAUAAUCUGACACGCAACAAGCACAAGCAGAAGAUGUGCAACGAGCGUAAAGCGGAGCUUCUGCAAAAGAUCGGUGGCUGCGAUACGGAGAACACGGGGAAUCCGUGGCGGGCAGUUCAGGCAAAGCAGCAGAAAGAAGCCGGCGAGAACAACGAGUCUCGGCUUCCAAACCCGCUCGGCAAUCGCACCUGCAAGGACUUUGACCUUGUACUGUUUCGCAUGAUCAAGAGUCGAUGGUUGUCACCGGAGGAGUGCGACGCAUCCUCGCCCGCGAAUCGCGUCGUGAAGCCGUUCUCCAAAGAGGACUUCGCCAUACAAGUGAGUCAACUCUCGGGUAGCCGAGCUGUGGUGUGGAAGGCGCUGGACUCCAUCGACAGAUGGAGCUACCGCGUGUUUGAUGUCCAAGUAGCCAUGAGCGGUGACGACUACCUCUCGCUCCCAGCGCAGACACACGGCGGGUCUCUCCUUGUAACCAUGUACGCACUGCUGUGCAUGCACGACUUCCUGCAGAAGUUCAAUAUUGACGAGCAAAUCGCGCUCGACUGGAUUAGCGCAGUGGAGGCGGGCUAUCAAGGCAACCCGUAUCACAACUCGAUGCACGCGGCGGAUGUGCUGCAGAUUACGCACUUCGUCAUUACACAGGGGGGAUUGGCGAAGCGGUGCAAUCUCAGCGACAUCCAGGUCUUCUCUGCCAUGCUGGCUGCUUCGAUCCACGACUUCGACCACCCUGGGACCAACAAUAACUUCCAUGUCAAGACUGGCAGCUACCUUGCAACGCUGUACAACGAUCGUAGUGUCCUCGAGAAUCUGCAUGUGAGCAGCGUUUUCGAGCUCAUGAAGAACCCAGCCUUUAAUAUUCUAGCCAGCUUUAGUGAUGAGGAGCGUCAUGAGAUUCGAGAGACGAUGAUAGAGAUGGUACUGGCGACAGACAUGGGUUCUCACGGAAAAUACGUGGCGAGUCUGAAGAGCAAGAUGCAGGAGGGCUCCAGUUUCACCAGGACCGACGAACAGAUUCUCUGCCUCUCGAUUGCUCUGAAGAUGGCCGACAUUUCAAACUGCGGGCGCCCGCUCGACAUCUACCUGCGCUGGGGAGAGAAGGUGUCGGACGAGUUCUACCAACAAGGUGACCGCGAGCGCAAUCUGGGCCUCGAUUGCAGUCCCUUCAUGGAUCGCCUGCAUCCAAGCCUUGCGAAGAGCCAGAUUGCCUUCAUGAAUUACAUCAUCACACCCUUCUUCGAGCAGGUGGCCGAUCUCUUGCCUGAUAUGCGCUUCGCGGUGGGGUUGGUCGAGGAAAACAAAGCGUAUUGGGCUAGCCACGAUGACUCGUAG